AUGCCAUCCUCGAGCCUUGCUUUCGGGCAGAACCAGCCAUUUGACUCCAUUGCUGGCCCUACAUAUGUGACUGCGCAAACGUUGAUCCAACAAGUCGCCUAUUCUUUGUCAGACAAGCUCUUCACCUACUCUCCUGAUACCUUUGACUUGGAUGUUUCCGCCUCGGAAUGGUUUGCUCAAGGCGAGAAGAAUGCCAAUGGCUAUGCUACCUCGGUCCAUCCCAUACAGGUCAGACAAGGUGCCGGCAGCAUAGCACUUGGGUAUAUAUUUUCGAAAGACUUUGACCUGAAAAGGAGACAUAUCCCGCAAGGCCUCUUGGCUUCCUCGUCGAGCUUACGAUAUCUAAAAUCUGCCCUGGAACAGUUGUCUCUGCUAUACAAUGUGGCAAAUCCAUUUGUGGCCCAUAUAGCCGCAGCUGACUACAUGGGAUCCAAGAAAGGUGGCAUGGUGGCGGAUUAUACAAACGCGAUGGCGGUGGCUGAAGACCUGGGAUAUGGAAUGGUGUCGAGCACCUCAGCGUACGAGUCACAACACAUGGCACUACUUGCGACAACCAUGGCACAAAUCUUGCCGACAUUCCAUAUUUAUGACGGUGUUAAGGUUGGGCGAGAAACAACAAGGGUUGUCGACGUUCUCGACCGGGCAGGAUUGAGAAGAGCAUAUCAUUCUGUGAUAGCGGCGGGUGCUACAACCGACAACAAGCACAUGGAUAUUCAGGGACGAGCUAUGAAGCUGCUGCAAUCUUUCAACGACGAACUUGGCAGCGACUAUCAAUUCUUUGAAUAUUCUGGUCAUCCUUUGCCGGAUGCUGUUCUCGUAACUUUUGGGUCCAUUGAAUCAUCAUUGGCUCGUCAGGUUGCUUCAGUUUUGUCAAAGCAGGAUACUCGGGUUGGUGCCAUUAAUGUUCGAAUAUAUAGGCCUUUUGUGGAAGAGGAGUUUCUGAGGGUACUGCCGAAGUCCACUAAAGUCCUCGGGGUGCUGGGCCAAGUUAUUGACAAGAAUGCUGUGCGGGAACCUAGCAUUCGCUCGUCAUUGUACGAGGAUAUCCUUCCUGCACUUGCGUUCAGUGGCGUUAAGGCGCAAGUUCAGGAGCUCAAGUACUCAAGAUCUCAAAACUGGACCUCCAUCGAAAUCGCUGCAGCUUUUCAAACCAUCAUCGGCAAACCUGUUCUUAUCGAAGGCAUUAAUGGCACCGCAUCAGCACUGGAAUUAUUGGACUCCUCUGUUCAGCAGUACUCGUUCUGGGAUGUUGACCAAUCCCCCUUGGCAGAGGCAGCAACGAUUCUUGCCAGAACACUUUCGAAAGACUCUUCGAAUAAUGUUACAACAAGCAGCAUCUACGACAAUGAACUAGAGGGCGGCUCGGUAAGGAUAGAUAUUCGCAAGUCACCCAAAAGUCUUGAAGCGAGUUUUUCUAUAGAUGCAGCUGAAGCAAUUGUCGUUGGUGAGGUGAAAUUGUUAGCGAAAGUCAAUAUCGUCAAGAGUGUCAAAGACGGAGGCAAUAUAAUACUAAAACUCCCAGGUGUGAAGGACGAAGAUGUCGAGAAGAAGCUCCCAGUCUCUUUCAGGAAAGUUAUUGCUCAACGCGCUAUAAAUCUGUUCUUGGUCGAUCCAGCUGCCACUACCCUAGCAGAGAAAGAUAACGUGGAGCCAAUCAUCAUGGAAACUGCCUUUACGCGAGUUGCUUUACGUGACGUGGAGCCCACAGCUCUCAAAAAGUUAGCUGCGAUCGUCGGGCAACCAGAAUUGGUCGAAGCAGUUUCCAAAGAUCUGGACAAUACUUUACGCGAAAUCGAAGUCCCAAAAUCAUGGGCCGAUACCGAGCCCGAGAGCGAGGAAAAGAUUUUGUCGCCAGAUCUUUCUUGUAACAGUUUCGUUGGCUUCGACAAGGACGAAUCCGAACCACUUUCCCAGCUUCGAACAUGGCAAAAGGCGGCAAAAGGAUUGCUCUUUAAAGAGGCUUAUAACACCAAACCAGCGCUGCGUCCAGACCUGCCCAUCAAAACCUUCACGGUACACGUCAAAGAGAAUCGUCGUCUUACGCCAUCAUCCUAUGAUCGAAAUAUCUUCCAUAUCGAAUUUGAUCUUGGAGCUUCUGGCCUUAAGUAUGACAUUGGAGAAGCUCUUGGUAUCCACGCUGAAAACGAUCCAACCGAAGUGAUGGAAUUCAUCAAGUUCUAUGGUCUCGACCCCGAAGAAGUAGUCGAAGUGGCCAGCCGUGAGGAUCCAUCUGUCUUCGAAAACAGAACGGUCUAUCAAUCCCUUGUUCAGAACAUCGACAUCUUUGGUCGCCCACCAAAACGAUUUUAUGAAGCUCUGGCCAAUUUUGCAGACAAUGAAGGUGAAGAAAAAGAGCUCCGCAUCCUUGGUGGCCCAGAGGGAGCUAAGGAAUUCCAACGGCGCGCCGAAGUUGAUACAAUCACAUAUGCCGAUGUCCUUCUUGAAUUUCCUUCUGCUCAUCCUUCAUUUCACGACAUCGUUCGUAUAGUAGCACCUAUGAAACGUCGCGAAUACUCCAUUGCAUCCUGUCAGGCCGUGACACCGUCAUCAGUCGCCCUCAUGGUUGUCGUUGUCAACUGGGUAGACCCCAAAGGCCGGGACCGCUUCGGACAGGCUACACGCUAUCUCAGCAAACUCCCUCUCGGGUCGCCAAUCACGGUUUCUACCAAGCCGUCCGUAAUGAAACUUCCUCCAAAGAGCAUCCAACCCCUCAUCAUGGCAGGUUUGGGCACCGGGCUCGCCCCCUUCCGAGCUUUCGUGCAACACCGCGCGAUGGAAAAGGCCCAAGGUAAAGAAAUCGGCUCUGUCCUUCUGUACAUGGGCUCUCGUCACCAGCGAGAAGAGUACUGCUAUGGUGAGGAAUGGGAAGCUUAUCAGGAUGCCGGUGUCAUUACCCUUCUUGGCCGCGCCUUCUCCCGAGACCAGCCGCAGAAGAUCUAUAUCCAAGAUCGGAUGAGGCAGACCAUGACCGACAUCAUCCAGGCUUAUAUCAAGGAAGAUGGGGCUUUCUAUCUGUGCGGACCGACAUGGCCGGUGCCGGAUGUGACGAAUGUGCUGGAGGAGGCGAUCGCGAUAGAUGCUAAGGCGGUGGGAAAUAAGAAGGUCGAUCCCAGAAAGGAGAUCGAGAAAUUGAAGGAUGAGGGCAGGUAUGUUUUGGAAGUUUACUAG